AUGAGUUCUUCAUCUAGUUCUUCUUCUUCAAGAUCCUCCUCAAGAUCAUCUUCAUCAAGUUCAUCAUCUUCAUCAAGAUACUCUCAUAAAAAGUAGAGAAGAAAAAACAAAUAAAAAUAAAAAGAGGAUUAAGAUGCUGGGCAUUUUGAAUAUAAAAUUGGGAUGAAGAUAAAAAAUGGAUAAUUUAUUAUUACACGAUUUUUAGGAGAUGGCACCUUUGGUCGUGUAUUGGAAGUGUAAAAUAGUAGUAAUUAUUAUGCCAUGAAAGUAAUAUUAUUUGGAUUUAAAAGUGUAUAAGGGCUGUAGAAAGGUACAUAGAAUCGGCAAAAAUAGAAACUAAAAUAUUAUGGUACAUUUAAGAAAAGGAUAAAAAUGGAUCAUACAAUAUAGUAAGACUGUUUACUUCAUUUGAAAGAUAUGAUAAUUAUUUCAUGGUUUUCGAAAGGGUAUCUCUAAAAUAAUCAUUAAGUUAGGGAAAUCAUUAUAUGAUAUAAUAAAAUAGAACAACUACAUAGGUUUUCCAUUGAAAUAUGUGUAAGCAUUUGCCAAAUAGAUAAUUAUUUCUGUUGCUUUUCUUCAUCAAAACUAGCUCACUCACACAGACCUGAAACCAGAAAACAUCUUAACUACUAAUUGUGAAUAUAAAUAGAUUCCAUUUAAAGGAAGACAGUAUUGUUUAUAUUAUAUAAAUUAGAAUCUGGGUUCCUGAAAGAGAAAUUCUUAAAAUAAUAGAUCUUGGAGGAGCUACUUUUGAUAAUGAAUAUCAUAGCACUGUUAUAAAUACUAGAUAAUAUCGUGCUCCUGAAGUUAUUAUGGGAUUUUAAAAAUGGAAUGAAAAUAGUGAUAUUUGGUGUAUUGCUUGUGUAUUACUUGAAUUAUAUACAGGUAUUAUAUUCAUAUUUAUCAUUUAGGAGAAUUAUAUUUCUAAAAUAAAGAUGAUUUAGAACAUAUUGCCAUGAUUGAAAAAGCUAUUGGACCUAUGAAUUACCAUCAUUUUAAAAAUUCCAAAUUUAAAACAUACUUCAAUUAUGAUUAAAAGUACACUUAUUGAAAUUAGAGGUACUUUGAUUGGCAUCGAUCCUAUUUUAAAUGGAAUUAAGUAGCACCUAGUGAUUCUGCUAUUGAAAGGGUUAAGAAAUUCAAAUCUUUCGAAGAAUUAAUCCCAGCUAAACAUUUCCACUUUUUUGAUUUAAUUAGAAAAAUGCUCCGAAUUGAUCCUUAAGAAAGAGAGCCUUUAAAAAAACUUAUUCAUCAUCCAUUUUUUAAUCAGGUAUACCUAGAUUGAUUAUUAUUAUCUAAAUAAAUUGUUCACCUUUUAUUCAUCAUCUCUUAUUCAUAUUUUUUUAAACCUUUUAAUUUAGUUUGAUAUUUUAAAUUAAUGUAAAAAAAAUUAAAAACUUAUGAACUAGAAUUUUAUGAUGAUGUCCUUGAAAAAAAUGUUUAUUUAUGUCCAAUUAACAAAUCUCAUACACUGUAAUCCUUAGAUUAGUUCAUUUAACAUUUACUUGUGUGUAAAGAAAGUUCUACUUAUCAAAUCAAGAAAUACAUAUGUAGAUUUAACUAAUUUCAUUGGUUCAAUACUUCUAAAGUAAUUUUACAAAUUAUCACAAAGGAUAGAAUUAUUCAUGAAUUCUUUUAUUGUGAAGAUAAAGAAAUCGUUAUGCCUUAAAAUGAAGUGAUAAUUAAUCAAAUGAAUGAAGUAUUCUUACCAUUAAAUGGAGAUCAUAGUUUUCAACUAAAAUAGUAUUUUAAAAAAGGCAAUUCAUAAGCUAGACCUAAUUUUAGGAACUUUAUCUCAGAAUUUUAAAAAAAAGAUCCAGAAAAAGAAUCCUCUGUUAAAAGAAUCAAAAUUAAUUAAUGA